AUACAACUACGUACCUCUUUUGUAAAAUCUAAGAUUAAUAUCGAUCAAUUGAACUCUAUAACUUCUUUGUAUCCCUUUCUACACAUACAUAUACAUAUACACUUCCAAUUCAUAUUCAAUUGAGAUAUCCGAUAUAAUACCCUAACGCAACACGACACAACACACACAUAAUGCUCGCCUCAAGAACAGCAUCAAGAGCUGCGGCUCGCACUCUUCGUGCACCAAUUAGACAACAAGCUAGACAAACUAGAUUUGUUUCGACGACGCAGGCUGAGGGGGCGAAAGCUGGUGGUGCUUCGGGCUUUGCGGCGGGUAUUGCUGGUGGUGCUGUCGUUUUGGCUGUAUGUUUAAUAAUCUAUUUUCUGGCUCUGGUUCCGUGCUUUUGUAUAUGAACGUCUUUGCGUUUGUGCACGCCUACAACAAUCACAUACUAACACAGUUUCUCAGGGAUGCUACACCUACUACCAAUUCUCUGGCAUCAAGCCUAUGGUUAACGCCUACAGCUCCACGAAAUCUCAAUUCCAAAAAGCAACCUCGGCAAUCUCUGAGAAAGCUCCAGAACCAAAUCAAGCUAUCAAAUGGCUCCGCAGUGCCACUUCUUCCUAUGCUACUUUUAUCCCUGGUGCACAAUCAUUCCUCGAUAGUGCAUUUGAUGAUAUCGAGAAAGUGCAAGCGAAUCAUGGCAAGGAAGUCGAUGAGAUUGUUAAUAAAACAUAUGUGGAACUGAAGGGUAUUAGUAAGAAGGGUGGCUUCGAUAUGCAAACUGCUGUGCAGGGUUACAAUGUAUUGACUAAAGCAUUGAGCGAAAUUGCCGAGUUGGGAAAAGAUAGUUUGGGGGAAAUGUUGGAUAAUCAUCCUCAAAUCAAAGAGAAGGUUGGGGGAAACCUUGAUCAGUUAAAGAGUAUGGCUGAGAACUAUGGUCCGGAUGCAAAAAAGGAGUUGGAUGAUACGUAUAAGAAGGUUUCGGAGAUUCUUGCAGGUGGAUUAGGUGUUAGCUCGAUUGACAAAGUUCGCAAGUUAAUCCAGGAGAAGAGUGAAAAGGUUCAGAAGCUGGGAGAACAAGCCUGGAAUAAGGGAAUGGAGGAGUGGAAACCUUAUUUGGAGAAGAAUCCAAAGGUUAAGGAGAUUGUGGAGAAGAAUGCUGAUGCUCUCAAGUCUGGGAAUGUUAAGGAGAUCUUCGAUCAAAUUAAAAAGGCUAUUGAGUCAGGAAACACAGAUGAUCUCCAGAAAUAUAUAAAGGAUGCUGGGGAGAAGGCGAAGAAUAGUGGAUUCGGACAAAAUUUUCAGCAAUAUGCUCAGCAAGCUGCGACGAUGGCUGGCAUCCCUGGAUCAGAGAAGAUGUGGGAAAAAUUACAACAUUUGCAGGAGGUAGCAAAGGAUCAUGGGGAUGAGCUGGAGGGUUUGGUCAAGAGUGCUUAUGAGGAUAUAAGCAAGGUUGUGGAGAAGAAGGUUGCAGAGGCUGAAAAAUUGAGGGGAAAGGUUGAGAAAGAUAUUAAGAAAUAAACGGGAUGAUGCAUGAGGAAUAUGGGUUAUUCAUGAUUAACGAAAGAAUGAUCGGGAUUGUAUUAUAGUACGGACGGCUUGGCUUGGUUUGGCAUGGGAUGGUGGGAUUUCAUAAGGCAUAGCAUGGAGAACAGAACAGAACGGACAGAGUUGAGCAGAGUUGAGCAGAAUUGAAAACUAAAUAGAAGUACAAUUAAUCAAUAUCAUAUUAAUCUUGCAUUGUAUUGGUCGUUUUAUUCA